CUCUUCUUUAUUCCUACUUGCUCCUGUAGCAGGUACAAUGCUUGCCUCACUCGGCUGGUUAAGCUUACAGAAUACCGAGGCAUUCGAAAACAAAGACGAUGUAAUCCUUACUAAAAAAAACAGCGGUCUCUUGGGAGUUGCGCCAACUCUGCCAUAAUUUUGUCUGCACACAAAACAUCACCAGUAGUGUUUGGGCGGGGAUUUGCAGUGAGGGGGUGGACCGCUUCAACGAGCUCUCGCUUUCCCUCGCGCGCGCAAGAACGAGGACGGUUGGUGCGGCCGCGGCCUGUCGCCGGCCUCUGAACGGUGUUUGCUGGGCAGUCACGGCGCCGUCUUCGACUCUCAAUGUCUCGAAGGGAGGGCAGCAAGUUUGCUAAUCGCAGGCCAGGCUCAGCAUUUCAACCUCGGGCAACCGAGGCGCCUGUGCCUGCUGGCUUAAUUAAAACGGCCAGGAAAAGUGGACAGCUGAACCUUUCCAACAGAGAGUUGAGUGAAGUGCCCCAGAGCGUAUGGCGGAUAAAUGUGGACCCUCCAGAGGAAUCCCACUUGAAUGUCUCCUUUACUGCAAGUGACCGAUGGUGGGAUCAGACAGAUUUAACUAAACUUAUCUUGGCAUCGAACAAACUGCAGUGCUUAUCGGAGGAUAUUCAGCUCCUACCAGCCCUCACAGUGCUUGAUGUCCAUGAUAACCUCCUGAGUUCCCUACCUUGUGCAAUUGGACAGCUGUCAAAACUGCAGAAGCUCAAUAUUAGCCACAAUAAACUAAAGGAGUUGCCGGAUGAGCUGUGGGAUUUAACGAGUUUGAAAAGUUUGUAUCUUCAUCACAAUGAAUUGGAAUGGAUUCAAGAGGGCAUUGGUAAACUUAUUCAUUUGGAAGAGCUGGAUGUGUCCAGCAAUCAACUUAAAGCAGUUCCAAGCACCCUUGGUGAGCUGUCCAGUCUACUUAAAUUCAUUCUGGCGAACAACAAGCUGAAGUGCAUACCGUCGGACAUUAGCAAAAUGAGAAGUUUGAAAUUGUUGGAUGCAACUUAUAAUGAACUGGAAUGUGUUCCUCCGGAGUUGGCAAAUAUGGUGUCAUUACAACAACUUUACUUGAGGCAUAACAAACUUCGCCAUCUACCACAGUUUCCAUCCUGUAAAUAUCUGAAGGAACUACAUGUAGGAAAUAACCAGAUUGAGCAUUUGGGUUCAGAACACCUGAAAAAUCUAUGUGCCAUCACUGUGCUGGAGCUGCGUGACAACAAAUUGAAAUCACUACCAGAUGAAAUUCUUAUGCUUCAAGACUUAGAACGUCUUGACCUCACAAAUAAUGACAUUAGCAGCUUGCCUUAUGCUCUAGGAAAUCUUCCUAAAUUGAAGUCUCUGCUGCUGGAGGGUAAUCCACUCCGUUCUAUUCGCAGGGAUAUUAUUAAUAGGGGAACUCAAGAACUUCUCAAGUACCUAAGAAGCAGAAUACAAGGUACAAAUAUAAAACUCUUGCCUUCAGCCAUUUACCAAUCAUGGUAUUGGCUGAAAGCUGUUGUUUACAAUGUUGGGGACGAUUGGAGGAGGCAAAGUGACAGGAAAGCAACCAUUGUUCCUGAUGCAGUGUUUGAUGCCGCUGAUGGAGUUCCCAUCACUACUAUGAACUUGAGUAAAAAUUUACUUACUGGAGUGCCUUCUCGGAUUUCAGAAUUUAAGGCCACCGUCACGGAUGUAAAUCUUGGUUUCAACAAGCUUAGUUCUGUUUCUUUAGAACUUUGCACAUUGGAGUUCCUGAUUCAUCUGGAUCUUAGAAAUAAUCUUUUGACUUCCCUGCCAAUGGAAAUAAAACAACUACAGCAUUUGCAAAUUGUAAUCCUUUCUUUUAACAGGUUUAAGGAGUUCCCUAAUGCUUUAUACCAAAUCCCAGCACUAGAAACUAUUCUUAUCAGUAAUAAUCAGAUGGGCUCAAUUGAUGCAUUCCAAUUGAUGCAGCUUGACAAACUGACUACACUGGACAUGCAGAAUAAUGAUUUAAUGCAGGUCCCACCAGAACUGGGGAGCUGCGUAAACCUAAGAACACUCCUACUUGAAGGAAAUCCAUUUCGUAAUCCGAGGGCAGCUAUCUUGACCAGAGGAACAGCUGCAGUCCUGGAAUAUCUUAGAAACCGCAUUCCUACAUAAAUCUGUGCCUGGCAGAAGGAGGAUUGCUCUGCUGAAGAUAUUACGAGUGUUUAAAGAUUUAAUCAGGAUAAAAUAUUUAGGAGGCUUUAAAAGGAAAUUAUGGUGUUUUCCAUAAUAUUAAAACAGUUAUGUUUCAAGAUUACUUUUGCUUUUAUAGAUUUAAAGUUGACUUCAGUGGCUUCAUUUCAGUGCAAGUAAGUAUAAUGUACGUGAUUUAUUUGCAUAAACUAUUGUCUAGGUAUCAAUUUUCAUUAAGCAUGAGUAGAGGAUCUCCACACUUCUGCACUGCAUGCCAAAUUCUAAGUGCACUUUACUGCAGCACAUGAUUGAAUCCUUUUGAUGUAGCACAUGAGUGAUGGUUUUGUACCUCCAAUGAGCAAUUAAUUGAACUUUUUUCUGAAGCUAUCAGUUUCGGUAGAAGUACUUCUGAUUUUUUUAAAUACUGAACCUCUGGGUAUCUUAAAUCACAUUAUUAUGUAAAUUUCUGGCUGGGAUUUGGCAGUUUUGAAAUAUGCUCUGUUCUGCUGAAUGUUUGUGAUUUUGAGGUUUUUAUUAUUCAUUAUUUGUUCAUUAUAUCUUAUUAAAUCCAUGUUGUGCCGUUCUUCCUUGACAUGCAAAAAAUCUUUUUUUUUAAGUAAAUUUCUCAGUCAGUUAUUUUCUUAUAAAUGCAUUAGGACAGAUGAUUUAUUUAAGACCACUUGUGACAUAUGCACACAUUUUUCAUUCAACGAUCCUCUGGACUUUGUGAACUCUUUAAAAUCCAGUUUUAACUUUUUUUAAAAAAAACAGGUAUGGCUUAAUCAGUUAUGCAUUUUACUUUAAACUGGCUCUAUUUAUGCUUACCAGUUUCCAAAUAGCUAAAGGCAACAUUGUGCACUUUGGGUCUGUAUGCCUCAGAUGAUAAUGUUCAAUGCCUCGUCUGUGUUGAGUUGAAGUGACGUGUGCAAGAAUGGAAGUUGACAUGUUGUCCUACCCUAGUUUAGGAAAAUCUGUUUGCUUCUGAUUGCUAUCCAAAUUGGUGUCACGAGAACUUAGUAUAGGUAUGUAAUUAUAAGGUAAAGGUAGAACUGGAACUAGCUAUCCUGACUGGCUCAGUAACUCUUGCACAUAAAGGGAUGUCUGUGGCCUGUAUAGGAGUUAAUGGGUAAAAUCAUACUGCCUUUAGGGAUUUUAUUUUAAAAUUGGAACCAAAAAUAUGUCCCAUUAGCGAUGAUGAUGCAUCACCAUCCGAUUAAGGUGGUUGUAGGUGUCUCUGUAUAUGUUUGAAAUAUUAAAUUAUUCAUGAUCAUAACCUUCAGUUUGUCGUUAUAAAGGGGACUCGUACCACAGGAUAAUCUGAAACUGCACCAGUAGUUCUGUGGCAGAAAAAAAAAUCUGCUGGAGAGAGAGAAACAUAUCUUUUCUGACACUGUGGCCUGCCAUUGGAAUCCACCUCCAGGGAUAUGUUGAACUUUGCAUAUAGUGUGGGGCCCAUCCAUCCUCAUAAGAAUUUGGCAGUGCUCCCAAAGUAGCCAGUUAAUUGACUGCUGCUGGCUUUUAUCUCCCAUCAUCAAGUUACCUGUGGUCUUUUUUCAAUCUGUUAACAACCUCCAGUAAAUGAACAUGUUUCCAAUUGAAUAAUUUAGGUGCAAAGUCCAUUAAGGGCAAUACAAACUAUCAAAGCUGAAGGAGGUGGGGGAGAGAAGGGAGCUAAAUCAAAAUGGAGCCGGAGGGGAUGCUGCUGGCUGGUUAGCAGUUUCCAUUGAUUAUUUGAAUCUGGCAAGGUUGACCAAAGGCAGGAACUCAAAUGCAUUUUUAAAAUCUUUUCCCACUGUCUGCUGGCUAGUUUUUUUUCUGCCCUAGUUUUUCUGGAGUGAAAAGAUUGAAAGGAGUAAAUUACUUUUCUAGUGUUGUAAUGUAGGUUUACAAAGAGAUUAACUUGCAGGGAAGUCUGAGUAAAGAAAAAUAAUCUUUUUUAAAUUUGAUAUAAAUUAUUCCAUUGUACACAUUAAACGGAUAGCUGCUGUUUUCAAUGUGAAACUUGAUGCUGGCCUAUGAAAGCUAUUUAACUUUAGCCUUGAAAAUUCAAUCCCCAAUCCUGAUUUAGUAAAUCAAAGAUAUAUAUGGUAUCAAGAAUGUGUUGCUGGAAAAGCACAGCAGGUCAAGCAGCAUCCAAGGAGCAGGAGAAUCGACUUUUUGGGCAUAAACCCUUCAUCAGCAACACACUCUCAACUCUGAUCUCCAGCAUCUGCAGUUCUCACUUUCUCCAUAUAUAUGGUAUGCUUUGCAUAGGAUGUGGUUAUUCAAGACCUUUUGAAUCAUAUUCUUGUGAGAGUUUCAAACAGAGUUUAAAAUAUCAGGAAGAUUUAUUUAGACAUCUGUUGAUCCUAUCUUGACAAUUCAUCUAAUUGCAUUGAUGGAUUUUCAAGAAUUCUUAUAGAGAAAUUGUUCUUUUCAAGGCAUCAAGUCUACUUCACAUAAUUUUUUUUUGCAAAUACCUGAAACUAUGAACUUUGACAUUCCUACCUGACUGUAGUGCUUUAUACAUUCUGGUGAUAUGUCUGUAUGUUGGAACAGAUUUCUAAAUGAGAUAAAUUUAUAUUUCAAAUGUUUGUGAAAUUCAACAACUGCACUCUAGGUGUAGUUGCAGUGUUAUUCAAUCAGUUGCCAAGAUAGGAUUCUGUUGAGGAGGUUGAUCAGAAUCAUUUGAAACUACUGUUAAAAAGAAUGGUGUUGCUUGGCACAGCAAGAUAUGACAGUAACAAUUUCUUGUUAUUAAAAAGGCUUGAAAUUUUGGCAGUCCAACAUGUCAGCUGUGUAGCAGGAUUUUGAAUAUUAUUCUAGAGACAAAACUUUUAUUCUAAACACCAUACUGUGGUGCUAUAACUACAUAUCUUAUGCGAACUGUAAGUUGCUCAAAAAUUAUUGGCAGUCUUAUUUUAACACAACAAAAUUAUGACUGGUGCUUGGACUAUCAGCUUACAGAUAAAUUCCAUUUUAUCUAAUGCCUUUACUCGUGAAAAUGUAGAAAGGUUUAAUGCCUUCCAAAUUAAUGUACUGAUCCCUGCCAUUCCUCAAAAGCAUCACUACCUUUUAGAUGUGGAGGUGACUGGUGACAAUUUUCUUAAAAUGUAUUCUAGGUUGUAUUUGAAAUUAUAAUUCAUUACUAUCAAAUAACACAACUGUUUGAUUUAUAAAAUACUUUUUGUCCAAAACAAGUUGUUUUCUGUACCUUUUGUGAAUUCUUGAUCUUUGAGCAAUACCGUUAUGUUAAAAUUUUGCAUGCUGACCAAUGUCAAUAUUUAAUGAGUUUAAUUGAAGCAAAAUUUCAUUAGUGUAAUUCUGUUUAUAGUUUUAUACUAAUUCAAUUUUUUGCGUAAAUAUGGUAAUGUAUACCGGCAUAUUGGUCUGAUAAAAUUGGCAUUAAAAAACAUUAAGUUAUACUUUUGGUGAAUGCAUCAUAAAAUGUAGUGUUUUAUCAGACCAGAAAAGAGAACAAUUUGAGGACAACAUUGUUGUUAUAAUGCAAAAGGAGGUCUAUUCGAUCCAUCAUUUCUGCACUAGCUCACUGAGCGGGUUUUAAAAAGUAUAUUUUUGAUACGUGUGUGUGUGUGAGAGAGAGAGAGAGAGAGAGAGUGAGUAUUUUGGGCGAUAAUAGUGUUGCUGAUGAUAGCUGUUGUAAUGCCAACAAUCUCCUGGCUGCGUUUAGGUGAUCUCAGACAUAAACUUUGGAUCAAUUGUAGAUUCAUUGUGCUCUGUUGUACUUGUACUAAAAGAUGCAGCAGAUUUAGCAGGAGCUAUUGAAGAAGACCACUUUAGUUCUGAAAAGUAUCUUUGUUUGGAAGAGAUGACAAUUAGUUUCCUUGGCUCAUUACCUGAACUAGAAUUCUUGUUCUUAUGGAAAACUAUCAAUUCCAAAGUGAUUGACAAUGGACAAAAAUCACUAAUAUCUGUUCCAGAAAUGCAAAUCAUUAACACAGUUUUAUAUUUUGACAAGAGCAUUAAUACAUUAAGAAUUAAUUCAACCUAAAAACUGGGAGUUAAAAAAACUAUGAAAUUCAGUAAUGAGACUUACGCAACACAGCGUUGGCAUGAUAAAUCCAUUUAGCAAGAGAUAUUUACAACUGUGUAACAAUUUAAAUUAACGUUUCUUCAUUAAAGAGACUUCAUACAUUAUUGAAACACUUUUUAAUACAGAAAAAAUCCCAGAAUUUCAAAGCCAAAAAAUAGCUCUGUUAUAAUUGGCACCCACAUCAGCAGUGAGUGGCUUGGUUUUUUUUAAUCUCUGGUAAAAUUUCUCCAAAUAUAUACAUACAGAAUCUGCAAAAUGCAUUCUGAACACAUUAGACACUGUACCAAUAAAAUAGUGUCAAUACUUAGUA